CGUAAACGAUGCGCGCUGUUUAUGGAUCUUGUCAGCAAGCGCGACUAUCCUAUCUACUAUACCAUGACCAAGCGCCCUAUCGCAAUGAAAAUGAUCAAAAAGCGAAUCCAUUUUCCGUAUUACCGGAAUGAUUUCCACCUGAUAUUUGACAAUGCAAGGACGUGCAACGAGGAAGGUUCGAUCGUAUACGAGAAUGCAGACGAAAUGCAGGUAAAAACAAAUGGUUGCACUUGUUUGUGGCAGGAAGAGAUGUUUAAGAAAUAG